CGAACAAGCGGAAGUUGUUUUGUUGCCAUCGAAACCGUUGAACCUCGCACUUUUCCACAACGUUGUGAGACUUGUCCCGAUACAUUUUUUACUCAUUUGACUGCCGUUGAAGUAUUGAGAAGAUGAUGGACGUGUCCGCCGAUUUAAUUAGUUUUUCUUUCGAGGCCGAACUCACCGAGGAAGAGAAAAAGUUCAUCUUCCUUCGGACGCGCGCGGCUGGACUGACGUUUUGCGGGUGCGCGCACGCAGCUUUCCUCUGCAAACUGGUCCACCUACUGAGAUAUAGCAUCAAAAGUCUCCCCGCAGACGGAGGCUCGUCGGCAUCUGGAGGAGACCGUGACAUCCGCGUUGGGAUACUUGGGAUGGGUCAAAUUGGGAAAAAGCUGCUUCUCACCCUCCUUGAUAAGUCUGACAUCAAACCGUCGCACAUUAAGAUCUCGAGCAGGAGGCCAGAAUCUGCAGUGGAAUUCUCCAGGGCGGGAGUUGAAUGUUUCUUUGACAAUCGCAGUGUGGGCGCGUGGGCGGACGUGCUGUUCCUCUGCUGUCUGCCCUCUCACCUCCACAAAGUCUGCGCUGACCUCCGCUCUCACUUGUCCGCGCGCUGCCUCGUGUACAGCUUCCCCACCGGCGUGCCCGUCUCCAAAUUGGCUCGGCUUCUUGGACACGAUUUCAUCCUCAGGCCGCAGUGUGACUUUAUCUCGCGUGAUGCUGCAGAUGUGUGGCUGUCCUGCACUCGUCUGACCAAGGAUCUAAGAGAUCCUUUAUUAAUAGAGGCAUCGUGUCCUCUUACACCGAGCGGUGGCAUUUCCGUGGGUCUGACCUGGAUGAGUGCAGUGUUGUACAGCCUGUUAAACACAUGCACCUCUAGUGGUCUGGGAUCCAGUGAUGCUCUGUCUCUCAUCAACAACCUCCUCAAAGAGAAGUGUCCAAACGCCGUGGAAUUUGACGCGCGCACGUUUAUAAGCGCGGCCUCCCUUCGCACAGAGGAACCUUUUCCAUGGAUUUCUCUCACUGAUGCUCAGACCCAGGAGACCCCGCUGCUGCGCUUUCUAUCGAGCAGCAGAUCCACGCAGCGGUGCCUCGCUGCAGUCUACACGUCCCUGCUCUGCCAGCCCAAUAAGACAGCUACUAGCUAGCGUGAAACACAACU